AUGGGGCAGCUGUUCGCUAAGCUGAUGAGCAUCUUCGGCAGCCAAGAACACAAGGUGAUCAUUGUUGGCCUGGACAAUGCAGGGAAGACCACCAUCCUCUACCAGUUCCUCAUGAACGAGGUGGUGCACACGUCACCCACCAUCGGCAGCAACGUGGAGGAGAUCAUCUUGAGGAAGACCCACUUCCUGAUGUGGGACAUUGGGGGGCAGGAGACGCUGCGGUCCACGUGGAACACCUACUACUCCAACACGGAGUUUGUCAUCCUGGUGAUCGACAGCACCGACCGCGAGCGGCUGACGGUGACGAGAGAGGAGCUGUACAAGAUGCUGGCCCACGAGGACCUGCAGAACGCGGCUGUCUUGAUAUUUGCCAACAAGCAGGAUGUAAAGAACUCCAUGACUACCUCUGAGAUCUCCAAGUUCCUAACCCUCAGCUCCAUCAAGGACCACCCAUGGCACAUCCAGGGCUGCUGCGCCCUCACGGGAGAGGGCCUGCCAGCUGGCUUGGAGUGGAUGAAGUCUCGAGUAGCAGCCAACUGA